AUGGCUUCUUUGCUCACACCGAGUAGCAGUCGUGCUGAUGCCAGACGAGAUCAUCAUCUCACGCUGGCUUCGGUAUCGAUGUUGGCCAUUGGGGGAACAAUAGGCACAGGGCUCUUUUUUUCUGUCUCAACGGUGCUUCAAAAUGGGCCAUUCCAGACGCUAGUGGCCAUGUCUUUCCUUCUGUUCCUUGUCAUGCUCAUAUUGGAAAUGACAGCGGAGUUGGCGGUGUUCAUGCCCGGCAAUGGGCUGAUCUGCAAAUUCCAAUUCGUGUUUUUAUCUGAGCCUUUGGGACUUGCUAACAAUUUGAUUUACUGGGCUAGUUGGGGGCUCACCUUUGCAUUGGAGUUGUCGAUUCUCGUGAGCACAUCUCUGUAUUGGGAUGCUGCAUUCGUUGAGAAUUAUCAGACGGCUCUAAUCUUUUGUAUCUGGCUCGUCCUCACGGUGUUCAAUUUGCUCCCUGUAGACUUGUACGGGAAGAUUGAGUUCUGGAUUGCUUUGAUAAAAGUGGUCGCUAUUUUCUGUUGGAUUCUUUUCGUUCUGGCUAGGUUGGCGUGGUCAGGACUGCUCUUCCACACAUACACGGCAGACCUACCGUCUAGUUUUUUUGGUGCGUUCGAUUCUCCCACCAGCUAUGUCGUGCGAUUCAUCAACUCACUAGUCUUCACAUCAUUCAUCUUCCAAUCGGUAGAAUCUAUCGCCAUUACCACGGGAGAUAUCGAAAAGCCCCAAGAAACGAUUCCCCAGGUCACCAGACUAAUUUUUGUAAGAAUUGUGUUGUUCUACUUGAUCUCGGUCAUUCUUCUUACCCUAACAAUCGCUUAUAACGACGACAGGCUCUCCAUCGGUGGUGACAGUGCGAAAGAUACCCUCGCCUCGUCGCCCUUCUUGAUUUCGUUGAUCAACUGCGGGCUCAGUGACAACGGUUUACUACUUUCUAUAUUCAACUUCAUCAUCUUCAGCGCAAUUCUCUCUGCCGCUAAUUCAAACAUAUACUUCGGCUCGCGAUGCCUUCAAGCUGUGUGCGAGACAUAUUCAGAUCGAAGUAAGCUUGCAAAGACAUUCGAGAAAGCUAAUACCAUUGGCGUACCCGUUGCUAGUGUGCUCGGCACUUCUGCGAUUGGUCUCUUUGCUCUUUUACUUAAAUUCCAAACUAUUGCCACCGUUUUUAAUUUCCUUCUCACAUGCUGUGCCUCGGCAGGAUUGCUCAUGUGGUGUCUUGUUGGAUUCUCCUAUGUGCGAUUCAGAAAGACCCUUGAGUAUUAUGAGAUAGACAAAGCAAAGAUGCUAUAUAGAUCCGAGUGGAACUUGCGAUUUUGGGCUCCUCUUGCAUCAGUCAGCAUUGUCGUUAUAUUGAUGUGCAACGGUCUCAGCACCUACUGGAACUUCUCCAUCUUCGAGUUUGUUGGAGCGUAUUCCACUCCAGCCGUUUUUGUGGCCCUUUGGGCAUUGUUCGAGAUCAAUAGCGGCAAAGGGCUCCGAAAGAUUCAGGAGAUCAACAUUUUCGGCGGGGAUUUCCGCUGGAAUGACGACCGAUAA